AUGUCAGACGAAGAAGGAGCCUCUAAUAACGAACUUCUCUUAGUUGCCGCAAAACAAGACUCGGAAGAAAUUCUCGAGGACAUAUUUACACAGCCCGGCACUUACGAUAUAAAUUAUGCGGAUGGCAUAGGAAAUACCGCCCUUCAUUACGCUGCUCAACAUGGUUCUCUCACCGCCGUUGAACUGCUCUUGCAACAACACGGAAUUAAUAUCGACGCUCAAAAUCGACUGGAACGCGAAACACCAUUGCACAAGGCGGUGCAAUACGCAGAUGACCCAUCAGUCGCUUACGAAAUCGGUAUGCUUAGUAGAGUGUUUCCACCGUUAUAA